AUGUCGCUUAGUAUAACGAUGCCGAGCCUGACCUCGACGUCAGGCCCCCUUCCGCCAAGUUCGUCACCCCGUCUCCCAUCCACCACAUCCUCCCCCAAGCCGUCGAGCUCGCCGCCCAGCUCAUCCACCCCCCCCAGCUCGUCCACCUUGACUACUUCAUCAUCAACCACGACCUCUGACGAGGAGACGACCACGACGUCCGAGACUAGCACGACCUCCAGCAAACAGGACAAGCCGACCUCGGAACCAUCCACCACCGCGACAUCGACAAGCGCCACUCCCUCGCAAUCCACUUCUUCCCCCGCCCCCUCCACCCCGACCUCCACAGCCCCCAUCGGCGCCAUCAUAGGAGUAGCCGUUGGUGGCGCCCUAAUCAUCGGCGUGCUCGUCGGCCUCCUCAUCGUCCGCUUGAAGAAGCGCACACGCCACAGACCCCGCGACUCCCAUCUCUUCAUGGACCCCGACUUCCCCAUCGCCCUUGACCCAUACUACCCCGUCCCUGGACAUCACUCGCCCGCGCCAUCUAAUCUCGGCCGCACAGCCAGCAACGGCAGCAUGACGGCUCCCGCGAACCGCCCCCGCCAGUCAGGGUACGAGACAUAUGACUCCGUCGAGUACGUCUACGCUGGCCCGGACGGGUACUACGACCAGGGGACUGGGGCAACCAAACCACCCCCACCCCAGCGUGGCCCGAGUUACGUCCAGCGUACCCCGGCGCGCCAGCCAAGUCUGAGCCAAGGAUACGCCGCGUACGCAGGUCCCGGCGCGUGUAUCCCCGAAAGUGAGCGCUACGACUACGACGACCACCACUUCCAACAGUACCCGCAGGGAUAUCCAAGCCAGGGAGGAUACCCCGUGCCAAUGCAGCCCCAGCCGACGGAAUACUCGGGGCAUGGCCAACCUGGGUAUCAGAACGGCUUCGCCCCUCAGAUGGCGCCAAUGCCAAUGCAGCGACAGAUGACGAGCGGAUACCCGCAGGCCGGCUAUUACCCCGCAGACGCCUACGCUGCACCAGCUCCUGUUCCCAGCCACGCGUACCCCUCUAGCCCAGCGCAUCCGGUGCGCGCUCCUUCGACUUCUAUGGGCAGCUCGUCGGCUGUCGUCUCAGCAGGACCUCCCGUCUCCUCUGCUCAACCAGCACAACAAGUGUCAGCCGAGAUGGUCACGCAUGAGGAGGACGCUGGUGUCGUCCUUCCCACGACGUUACCGCCAAUGUACCGUGCCGAAUGGGCACCAGGUGAGGGUGCGGCAAGACCAGCCAAGUCGUAG